UUCCGUCUUUGUCAGGUCUUUGCACACAACUCAUCUGGGAAGUCAAACCACAGCCUUCCUGCUGUCACAGCAAUGAUCUGAUCCUGGAGCUGUGCCAGGGAAGUGGAGCCGCUGCUUCCUGUUGAUGCUCGAUAAACAUAGUGAGAAUUGGGGAAAUGGUUUUCAAAUUAGAGAAGUGUAACAGAAAACGAGUUAAACUUUCUGACAUGAGUCUGCUGGUGCAGGUUUGAGGAGGACACGACCCAUAACAAGGAACUGAACAUGAAGAUCCUGACGUUUCUCGUGUUAAUGCCUCUAAUGCAUCAAAGCUUCUCACUUUCCAGUCCCCAGUGUCACUUCUGUGAUGAAACAUCGUGGAACUGCUCAAACCAAAACCUGAGGAAAGUCCCUGCAGCCCCCCCACAGCACAUCACUCAACUCGACCUCUCAUUCAACACAGUGGAGACGAUAAUGCAGGGCGACUUUCUCACAUAUGCCAGUUUGAGGUCUUUGAUCUUGACUCACAACAAAAUCAAAACCAUCCAGGGACGAGCUUUUGUCCCCCUGACUCAUUUAGAGACACUGGACCUGUCCAUGAACCAACUGGCUGCGCUGUCUGCUGACUGGUUUAAGAACCUUUUCUCCCUUCAGCACUUGAAUCUCCUGGGAAACAGAUACAAAACAUUGGGUGAAGUCGAUCUAUUCCAGCCUCUGAAGAAAUUAAAAACCCUCCAGUUUGGAGGACCUGACCUUCAAUCCGUCAGAGAAACAGACUUCUCGGGGCUGAGUGGUCUUCAGGAGCUGGUUUUUGACGGGAAAAACCUACUGAACUACACCGAAGGAAGUUUGAGACGAAUUGGGCCCAUUAGCCGUGUGACCCUUGGUCUGAAUGGUUCCUUUAACAGGAAUCCAACCCUUGUAGAAGCGGUUCUCUCAGAUGUUGCACACCCGACCACAACGCUGACUUUCACUGAAACAGACUUCAUCUCCAAAUAUGAGAUGUACCCACUUCAAGUGGCCUUCAAUGGCGGUAUUACACAUAUCAUUUUUAGAAACAUCAUCAUGACGACUGCAGCAAGCAUGGCUCUUCUGAAGAUUCUGCCAGACUCGAACAUAUCUACGUUGGCACUUGAAGAUGCAAAACUCCACUUAUUACCUCUGGGUGACAUUUGGAUGAUCCCAAACUCUUUCCAGCUGGAAGUUGCUGUCUUUAAAAACGUGGACGUCCCAGAAUUCCUCAAGUUCCCACCUGUCUUUUUCCUGCUGAGGGGGGUGCGACGGGUGUCUCUGCAAAACAGCAAGGUGUUCGCCCUCCCCUGUGAAUCCACUGCCGACUUCCCCAAGCUGGAGUACAUGGACGUCAGUGACAACUUCUUCAGUGAUCUCGCGCUGAGCAACAUGAUGUGCGACGGGCGGGGGGGCCUGUGGAGUCUGCGAACCCUCAACGUCAGCGGUAAUCACCUGCGAUCACUCAACAGCCACCUCUUCACCAAACUGGAAAACCUUACCAAUAUCGACAUGAGCGGAAAUAUGCUUCACGUUAUGCCUGAGACGUGUAACUGGCCUCCCAGUCUGACGUUUCUAAACCUUUCAUCGACACAUUUAACGAAGGUGACCUCUUGUCUGCCACCCAGUUUGCACACCCUGGAUUUAUCCAACAACGAGUUGAGCAUGUUCAACGUGGGACUGCCUCUCCUCACAGAGUUGUACAUCAACGGCAACAAGAUCAAGAGUUUGCCUGUCGGCCGUUUAUACCCUCGUCUUGUAGCAAUCUUCAUUCACAACAACAACUUACAGACAUUCAGCAGAAAUGAUCUAAAUGCUUUUGAUAGUUUGAAGAGUCUGGAGGCGGCGGGGAACACGUACAUCUGCUCAUGUGACUUUGUGGAGUUGGUGACGAGUGGCUUGACGAAACAUGGAGUCAGAAUCGAAGACGGGUUGAAGUCGUACAUCUGCAACUCCCCCGACGCCUCCAGAGGAACGAGUGUAGCGGACGUGAGGUUGUCGGCGUUUGAGUGCCAAGCAGCUUUAUCCAUUUCUCUGCUCUGCUUGGGCCUCCUGGUGGUGUGUCUGCUCAUUGCAGGUUUGUGUCACAAGUAUAACGCCGCCUGGUACAUGGAGAUGAUCUGGGCCUGGCUGAGAGCCAAGAGGAAGCCGAAGUUGAAAAAGGGAGCGCUUGAGUACGACGCCUUCGUGUCCUACAGCGAGAUGGACUCCGGUUGGGUGGAUGCGCAUCUGGUCCCGGAGCUGGAGCAGUCCGAGCCCCCGCUCCGACUCUGCCUCCACAAGAGGGACUUUCAUCCCGGUGGAUGGAUCAUGGACAACAUCAUGGACGCCGUCGAGAAGAGUCGCAAAACACUCUUCGUCCUUUCUCAGCAUUUUGUCCAGAGCGAGUGGUGCAAGUACGAGCUGGACUACACCCAUUUCAGGUGGUUCGACCAAAACGACGACACGGUUGUGCUGAUUCUGUUGGAGCCCAUCGACAAAGAGACCAUCCCCAAGAAGUUCUGCAGGCUGCGGAGGGUCAUGAACUCCAGGACCUACCUGGAGUGGCCCGAUGACGACAACAUGGUGGAAAGGUUCUGGCAAAGUUUGAGAGCCGCUAUCAAAGACCAGUGACCGAUGAUGUGGCUGGAAAUUUGGGUUUUGAGUUACAGGCUAAAGUUGGGUAUGUGGUUAAGAUGAGGAAUAUACUAUUACCCCAAAAUGAAUGGAAGUCCUCACAAAGUCCUAAUGACGAUAGCUUUGCACAUCUGUGUAUGUGUGUGUGUGUGUGUUUGUGUGUGUGUGUGUGUGUGUGUGUGUGUGUGUGUCUGUGUGUGUGUGUGUGUGUGUGUGUGUGUGUGAGUUCAUGUGCUUGUGUGCCUAAAAACGUGUGUAAUUUAUUGUCAUGAUCUUAAGAGCUGACAUAUUGCCGCUAUUGAUCUUUAGCCCUAAAGUCAACACAGAAGCCUGGAUACUGAUGACAGGGAGGCCAGGGGAGCCAGGGUGUCCUGAUAACACACACACACACACACACACACACACAUACACACACACACAAACACGCACACACACAACACAUUAAUGCUCUACGUGCACAUAUGUACAGAGUUACAGAUGUCCGUAAAGGUCAGUAAAAUCUAGGGAGUGAUGGAGUUACUCAGUGAGACUUUAAAUCAUUACAUUCAUGCAGAGGCUCUGAUGCAUGACUCGUGCAUUUUAAUGUUUAAUUCGAAUUAAAAGUUUAAGAAAGAUGUCGAUGUUUGAUACCAUCGACUUCAUCGACUUUUCCUUAAAAGCUAAAAAUUUGAAACAUUAUAGAAGAGGACAUUUUAUCAUCAACUAAAGAUUCAUUAAAAUAAUGUUAUGUUUAUGACUAGAAGGUUUUUUUUAAUAUUUGUUCAGAUUUAUAUGUGUAACUUACAACCAUGCAUAUUUUAAUCUUCAGACUCCACAUAGAAAUCAAUUGGAAUUUAUUGUUCCAGGGAAAAACUGUUAAUGCUUUUCAGGGAAUGUUCUGAAGUGAAAGUUCAUGUUCUUUAUAGGAUAAGAAGUCCAAAAAAUGGUUUAUCCAUAUUAAUUUGGUUUAUGGCAAAUUGUGAGCAAGAUGGAAAGUUAAAAGUGUUGCUGGAUACACUGUUAUUCAAAAUAAAAUCAUAUAUUUAAGACAUAAUUUAACACAAACACACAUCUAAGUAACAUUUGAGGUAAGAUCAAAUGGGCGGGGAAAGGAAGUUGGACAUUCAGAGACGACAGAAUGAACUAACAUGCUGUUGGUUUUGGUCUUUUUGUUGACAGUCACAAAAACAUAAAUCAUCUCCAACCGUCUCUUUUAAAUCAUUUAACACAUAUGUUCUUUGUUUAUUGUCAUGUCGAGUUCUAACCUGUUCAUCGGGGCCAGUCUGUUGCUUUGGGGAUCUUUUCUCUGAUCUGAUUUAAUUUCCCCUCAGAGUUUAAUUCUCUGAUUAAAUCAUCAUCUGCAUCAUCCUGCAUUAACCACGUCACUGGGAGGCCAGACUGUCACCAGCACUGCCUGGUUUCAUCUGUAUUUGAUUUUACAUUUUAAGUUUUAUUCUUGCACUGUUUUUUUUUUGUAUAUAUCUGCUGCACCAUAAUUGUCAAUAUCUCCAUUAGCACAAACUUCUGUACAGUGACACCUUCGUAGCAGAACUGAUGGUUUGACUUUCACUUAUUCUCAACACAUUUUGAACUUUUAUAUUUUAUUUUCUCUGAUCUGAUUUCACCUCAGAGUUUAAUUCUCUGAUUAAAUCAUCAUCUGCAUCAUCCUGCAUUAACCACGUCACUUGGCAGCUGUCACCAUCACUGCCUGUGUUCAUCUAUAUAUGAUUUUAUGUUUUAAGUUUUAUUCUUGCACUGUUUUUUUUUUAUAUAUAUCUGCUGCAACGUCAUUGUGAAGGCUGUGAUAGUCUAAUGCAUAACUUUGUAUAGCUUCAGUUAUUCAUCUUUAAAUCUGUAUUAAUAUUAGGCUUCAAAACUCAUCUAAUCACCUUAUACUUAAAAUGUUGAAUUGUCAAUAUCUCCAUUAGCACAAACUUCUGUACAGUGACACCUUCGUAGCAGAUCUGAUGGUUUGACUUUCACUUAUUCUUGACACAUUUUGAACUUUUAUAUUUUAUUUUCUCUGAUCUGAUUUCACCUCAGAGUUUAAUUCUCUGAUUAAAUCAUCAUCUGCAUCAUCCUGCAUUAACCACGUCACUUGGCAGCUGUCACCAUCACUGCCUGGUUUCAUCUAUAUUUGAUUUUAUAUUUUAAGUUUUAUUCUUGCACUGUUUUUUAUUGUAUAUAUCUGCUGCACCAUCAUUGUGAAGGCUGUGAUAGUCUAAUGCACAACUUUGUAUAGCUUCAGUUACUUAUUUUUAAAUCUGUAUUAAUAUUUGGCUUCAAUACUCCUUGUGUCUUUCAAUCACCUCAUACUUAAAAUGUUGAAUUGUCAAUAUCUCCAUUAGCACAAACUUCUGUACAGUGACACCUUCGUAGCAGAUCUGAUGGUUUGACUUUCACUUAUUCUGGACACACAUUUUGACCUGUUAUUAUUCUCAUGCUCUUAUGAUUGACUGUUCUGUGUGAUACCUGAUGCAUAAAUCUCCCUCUGGAUCAAUAAAGUAUCUCUCCAUCUGU